AUGCCUUCCCUGCUGCAGGCCGACAUGGACAUGGAUCCCGCCGUUGUCGGCCUCCCUACCACAACAGCCAUCACAGGCCUUCUCGACGUCGGCGCUGCUGCCAUCGACAUCCUCAGCGACCUCAACAUCUCGCCCCAGCACGACACCGCCAUCCUCAACGUCCUCCUCCGCGAGGUCAAGGAGUGCCGAUCCUCCGUCCACGCCUUCUACAAGACCCUCAACCUCAUCGAGAAUAACCAGAUCCCCUUCCCCGCCCGCGCCGCCUGGAUCUCUCUCGACACCCUCGUCGCAACCCUCACAGACACCGUCCUCGCCUUCACUCGCCUCUCGUCGCUAUGCUGUGCGCUCGACGAGCAGUCCAACAGGACCACGCCUGAAGAUGCCGCUAAGCAGUUCCAGAAGAGGAUCAAGGCGCUGUGUGCGAGGUUGAGAUGGCAUAAUCUUUCGUAUGCUAUGAUGAUGACUAUAGUGAACUGCCCCGGAGAAAAGGACGCAAAGAACAGUCGCGACGAGCUGGCGCAUCGCGUUGCUAGACUCCUCACAUUCAACGUCAACCUCUCUGCUCGAUUACGACAGAGUCGCCCCGGAUCAUCGGCUGCCAAGACAACGGGGUCGGGAGCCCAGACCCCCGAUAGCCCCGAGAUCACCCCCGUCAAUGUGGGGCUUGGAUCCGCCCCCUACUCCGGAACGCUCUCCAAGCUCACCACGCCCAAGGCUCUGUCCAAGGUCAUUCUGCCCAUUGAGCUGAGGGAGCUGCGUGAUGAUUUCGAGUACUACACCGAGAUGAUUCCCUCGCAGACUGGAAGCUGCGAGUUUCCAACUGGCGGCGUCUUGAUGGGAACUGCAUAUGAUCUCGCUUCAGCUCGAUGA